AUGGCUCCUAAAUCUUACCAACAUGAUGGCAAACCCAUUGAUCUUGACGAGAUCCAUGAUUACCUGAUCAGCCUGGCCUUCCGUGCUGGGGAUAUCAUCAACAGCGCUCUACCUACCGAUGAUAGUACUGGAUCGAAGAUGAAUUCUGCUGAUAUCGUCACUCGAUAUGAUAAAGCCGUUGAAACUAUGAUAUCCUCUGCCUUAAUGGAAAAAUAUCCAUCAUAUCAGUUUCAUGGAGAAGAGACCUAUGACCCAGCCCAUCCCCUAACCGAUGCACCCACGUUUGUAGUUGAUCCUAUCGAUGGUACGGUCAAUUUUGUGCAUGGAUUUCCCUGCUCCUGUAUUUCUCUUGGAUUCGCUGUUCGCCGUGUACCCAUUGUAGGUGUCGUCUUCAACCCUUUAACACGCACUCUUUAUUCUGCAAUACAAGGCCGUGGGUCAUACUUGAACCGCACCACCAAGCUUCCCUUAAAGGGCGAUGAUAUAGGGCCAUUGAAAGGCCUGGAAAAUUCACUCGUCGGUAUUGAGUGGGGUUCGGAGAGGACAGGUGCCAAUUGGGAAACAAAGGUGCGAACUUUCGAGAAACUCGGCCGAGCAAAGGAAGAUGGCGGUGCAAUGGUCCGUUCGAUGCGCAGCAUGGGUUCUGCGGCGCUGAACCUCUGUGCUGUCGCAGCUGGGACUUUAGACAUAUACUGGGAAGGGGGUUGCUGGGCCUGGGAUGUUUGUGCAGGCUGGGUAAUACUGACCGAAGCAGGUGGUGUCAUGAUAGAUGGAAACCCAGGAACGUGGGAAGCAACUCUCGAUGGAAGAAAAUACCUUGCUGUUAGAGCAUGCUCCGAUGAGAACAGCAGGCUGGAGCUCAUUAAAGAGUUUUGGGGGCAGAUUCAGGGAAGUUUUGAAUACUGA